UCUGUGGUCAAAUCCAAAAUUGUCCAAAAGGCAAAAUCUGGCCAAAACCCUUGCCAAAACCCAAAUGUGGCCCAAAUCUCUGCCAGAAAAAAUAACGUGAAAAAAAAAAAGAUUUAUUUUCUCUAAUAUAUAUAUACAUAUUACUUAUGUCAUAAACUUAGAGAAAUAAAUUUUACAUAUAGAAAUAAAUUUGUAAGAAUUUUGUACCUAUUGUAUUUGUACAAUUUAGGGAAUAUUUUCCGUUACCUAUAAAUAUAGAGCAGUGAAUAAAGAAAUCACGCGUCUAUUAACUAUAAAAGCAAAACAUCUGUGUUUCGAAUCUAGUUUUCGAAAAACAUCGAGGAAAGAAUUUUUCUAAAAACCACAUAAAAUAUUAAUUUAAUAUCUAGUCAUCAUGUCUUAUAACUUGGGUUUUAUUGGAGGAGGAAAUAUGUCUUCAUCAAUUUUUCAAGGAAUAAUUAAAAAAGGUAACAAAGGUGAAUUUCCAACUUCUAAAAUAUGGGUAUCAGGACCACAUUUAGAAAAUCUUCAGCACUGGAAAGAUUGUGGUGCAAAUAUAACAAAUAAAAAUGGUGAGGUGUACAGCAAUUGCGAUGUUGUCUUUUUGGGAGUGAAACCUCAAUUUUUAACAAAAGCAAUAGAUGAUUGUGCAAACACUAUACCCAAUAACAUUGCCACCAAAAAAGUAUUAGUUGUUUCGAUUCUAGCAGGGAUCACAAUUGAGCAUUUACAUAAGGUUUUAAGUGUUCUGCCAGGCGAGAAGCAAGUGAUUCGCACAUUGCCUAACACACCUAUGUCUGUCGGAGCUGGUGCAUGCUUAUACUCACCAGAUAGCACAGUUUCAGAACAACAAUGUGCAGAAUUGCAGAAUCUGCUUUCUGGAUGUGGAAUCUGUGAAAGGGUUCCGGAACAUUAUUUGAGCUCUUUGGGAUCUCUUACUGGCUGCGGUCCUGCUUUUAUGUACAUAGCAAUAGAAGCUCUAGCCGACGCUGUAGUGAAGCAAGGCGCGCCAAGAGCUCAAGCGAUACGGCUUGCAGCUCAAAUGGUUAUGGGAUCGGGGAAAAUGGUCCUUGAGAGUAACAAACAUCCCGGCUUGUUGAAGGAUGAGGUGUGUUCUCCAGGAGGCUCUACGAUUGCUGGUGUAGCUGCUUUGGAAGACGGGAAAUUUAGGGCAACACUCAUCAGUGCAAUGGAAGCUGCAACUCAUAGAACUCUAGAAAUGGGUAAAAAGUAAAACUGAAAAUACUCGAAUGUAUCAUAUUGUGGGUUUGCUAAAUAUUUAUUUAUAAUGGAAUUAUAAAUGGCUUAAAAAGCCUUCAGUCUAUUUUAAGUAGCACAUUGUUAUUGAAGCACUAAUAUCAGUAUAGACUACAGACUAUAAAAGAAAUUUUGGCUUAGUAGUUAAGGCCUGCAAUUAAGAUCAAGUGGUUCUUGUAUCACGAUCAGAAAAGAGUGCAAAUAUUAUUUUUUUAAAUAUGCACUUUAUUUUGUUAUCCGAUUGAUAAAGGCAAACAUCAUGUAGAAAUAUGUUAAAGAAUCAAAUAGUUCAAUAAUGUUUCCACAACCUUCAUGUAAGGUAUGCCACUAUAUUGCUAAAGGAGGAAGAAAUAUAGUUUAUUAUGAAUCUGUAUAGUUUAUUAUGAAAUGAAUCUCCGACGUUAAUGAGAUUAGUUAUUUUAUUUUAUUUAAGCUUGUUGAAGAGACAGACAUUGUCCUUUCAUAACACGCUAAUUUUAAAUAGAUUUUCGAAUAAUCCUUGUGAUUUUACAGUUUAUAAGAUCGUACUCAUCACAGUUAAAAACUCAAAAGUAGUUGGGAUUAAUGGUUUUGUUAUCCUAAAUUAUUGUAAAAAUUAUUAUUUAUAUAUUAUAUAUUAUUCACAUAAUAUUACAAGUACCGUUGCUAUAUUAGUAUAAGUAAAUUAUUCAAAUACUCGAAAAAAAUCACACCCAUUUGCCAUAGUAUAUCUAGUGUUUAUGGGCAGUGGUGACCACUUAACAUCAGGUGGCCCACCUGCCCCUUUGCUUGCUCUGACACAAAAAAAAAGUAUUGAAGUAGUUAGUAUUGAAUGUAUUUAGUUUGCCUAUUUAGGAACACACCUACAUAUUUAGUUUAUUUAGGUAGUACCUCAGUAUUGUAUUUGUAUCUUAUUAUUUUCGAGUACCAAGUACUCCACUACUCAUUGCCUUUUGAAAUUAUUUGCAUUAAUAUUCUUUUAUGUGGUUAUACAAAUAUUAAAGAAAUACAAUAUUUCAAUUCUUAUAAUCAAUAUUGAUUGUUUCCAUGGCUUAAUAUACGGGUAAAAUUUUGUUUUGCUGUAAGACGUAAGCAUAGUUAUUUUGUAGUAAAAAAUAUUCUAGAUAAAUAUCAGUAUUCUUUGAAUCAAGUAUGAUAUUAAUCAAUUUUUCACAGAAGAGAAACCAAUCUCAGAAAAUAUCUUUCCUUUUCUAUCAAUAAACCUAAAGAAACAUUGAUAACCGAGGAAACAAAUUUUCUAAGAUCGGUUUCUCUUUCGUGAACAGUAUUUUUAACUCGUAUGCCUUAGCAUACUUCAAUUUGUAUGUUUAUCAAUUGAAGUAAGCUAAGUGCUGACUUGCACGUACUUACAACUUAAGAUAUUUGUUUGUUUUUUUAAAGACUUUUACUUUGAAUUUUAAAUAUGUUACUUUACGAAAAAUUAACAGACAUUUGGUAACGUGCUUUGCACCUCAUAACUUGCGUUUGAUUUAUUCUCAGUCGUUCUUAUCUUUUUUAAUUCUCAGUAGUUCGUACAGGAACCAUUGUCACCCAUUAAAUUUAAUUUGAAUAUUAGGAUUUUAAGCGGAAUAAUAACACAAAACAAUAAUGUUUAAAAAUAAAAUAUUAUAUGUAAGAAGUGUAAUAAAUAUGGCGGUAUAGAAUAUGAAAAUAGUGGCUUUGGAUAUAGGUACAUAAAAUAAUAUUUAGAUAAUAUUUAAAUAAAAUUUUAUUGAAAUCA